AGUAGCGGUUCAAAUUGGCUGUCUAGUCCUUUCCGACUGACCUCGGUACCGCAUUUAAUCACUGCUACAUUUCAAAUUGAAGAAAGACUUAAGCCCCAUUGUCCCAAUAAUGAAUGCGGUACCGAGGUCCGUCGGAAAUUCGUUUGGAUUUGAACGCGCGCGGGGACGAACACAGCACACCGUUAUUUUGGAGAUGCGCACUCACUCUAUCGCUCUCUCUCUCUCUUUGUUUUUGUUCUCUUAUACACGCACCAUGCACGUACUCUCUCUCGCACUCUCACACACUCUCUCUGUCUCGUUCCUCUCCCUCCUGCCUCUCUCUCAAUUCUUUCUCUCUUUUUCCCCGGAUAAUUCUUUAUCCAAACCUCAAUCACGUAUGAUUGCGUAGAGAGAGAACCGUGAGCCCAUUCACUCAUGCCUGUAGGCGAGAGGAGAGCACCCGCAUACCAUCCAUACGGAAGGAAAUAAUCCAUUACUCCAAUCGUGUUGUCUGCAAGGAAACCGUCUUUUUGGAAGAUUUUUAUAGUCUACAUACGAACAAUAAUAACGAAACGCAUAUGUUUUUCUCUCAUUGUAAAGCCAAAUCACUAUUUUGCUGCUGCAUUCUCACAGAUCAUUAUCUUUCCCCGACGGUGCUCGGAGGGUCUGCUGGUAGAAGGGCUGGUACAGAUGGCACAGAUGCCGGUAGUCCCGGAGAGUGAGUGGGGCAGCCAAAUGGACAGCCGCCUACCCUUUGUCCCCUCUCGAUUCGGUUUUGACUUCGGCUUAAUACAUUGACAAGUUAUGAGACGUUGCAUUCACACAGCUGUUGAUGAAAUAGUUUACAGUGAAGUUUAAGGUGUCUCGAAUGCAUUAUGGUGCUGGAUAUUUUGACACUCACGGACUUUCCGUGCAAAUGAGGAUUAUACCGAGGGGGACAGUCGUGCUUGUCAGACCUGGAAUACUUGAGACUCAAUUUUGCGUACGCACGCUCCGAUAACACACAAACUUAUUUACCACAGUUGCAUUUUUUUUUUAAUUGCCUAGAUUAUGCGUAAAUUGGUGGCAUUUAUACUUUCCCUGCAAUGAAUUUGUGUAUCUUCUAAGGGGUCAGAAUGACAUUUUGCUAAAUCCGCGUGGAUCGUUUUUUUAUUUUUAUUUCACGGUUCUUUUUGCUCCAAACUAUCACACAACCACUCGAUCUCUGUCCAACGACUCUUGGUUCGGUUCGGCUCGCCCGCGAGGGAGAUGGCCGCUAUCGCCAGCUCCUUGAUCCGUCAGAAACGCCAGGCGAGGGAGUCAAACAGCGACCGAGUCUCCACUACAAAACGCCGUCCUAGCCCCAGCAAAGAUCCUCGUUCCAUAUGCGAGCGCCAUUUCUUGGGGGUCUUCAGCAAAGUCCGUUUCUGCAGCGGAAAGAAAAGACCAGCCGCUCGGCGGCGACCAGAUGCAUCCUCCAAACCUCCACAGGUGUCCCGUAAGGGCGGCAGGCUAGAGCCGCAGCUGAAGGGCAUCGUGACACGACUGUUCAGCCAGCAGGGCUUCUACCUGCAGAUGCAGCCGGAUGGCUCUAUCGAUGGCAGCAAGGACGAGAACAGCGACUACACCCUGUUUAAUCUUAUUCCUGUGGGUCUGAGGGUGGUGGCCAUCCAAGGGGUGAAGGCCGGCCUCUACAUCGGCAUGAACGGAGAGGGUUUCCUCUACAGCUCAGAAAUGUUCACGCCGGAGUGCAAGUUUAAGGAGUCGGUGUUUGAGAAUUACUACGUGAUCUACUCGUCCACUGUGUACCGGCAGCAGGAGUCCGGUCGGGCCUGGUUCCUGGGCCUCACCAAGGAAGGCCAGGUCAUGAAGGGGAACAGGGUCAAGAAGACCAAGCCCUCAUCACACUUUGUCCCCAGGCCCAUUGAAGUGUGUAUGUACAGGGAGCCGUCGCUGCAUGAGAUCGAGGAGAAACAGCGCUCCAGGAAGAACUCAGGGACUCCCACCAUGAACGGAGGGAAAGCUGUCAACCAGAAUUCCUAGCAGCGGGGCCCCAAGGGUGGGGGGCCACUAGGGUGCCCGGUCCCCCCUCUCUUAAACAGAGGGGGGAGGGGCCACAAACUCCCCUCACCACCAUGCCCUCUGAAGGGAUGGACCGCCACGAGGGGGAGGAGCUACACCCAAGACCACAAAAAAACUCUUGCCCGUGAAAAUCUUUUAGACAAAUAUCAAGAUAAACCCAGAGGAAAACAAAAAAGCGACUACAAACAUUUUCAAUCAGGACUUGACCUACGUUUUAUGCAAAAAAGAAAAAAAAAGCUGUGACAAGACAAAGAAAUGGUGGUCUCUUCACAAUACAAAUAUCUAUCGUUUCCAAUUUAUGCUGUGAAAGAUUUGCUUUAAACACGUUUGAUUUCCCAUGCGUUGAUUUUAUGACACGCUAUGACACGCUAUGACACGCUAUGACACGCUCACAAGUUUUAUUGUCCAUUAAUAAUAAUAUUAUGUAUGUGUUGACUAACUCAUCAUCCCAAUUUUAGUAUCAUUGUUAUUCUGUUUUUCGUUUGAGACUGUAGAAGUUUGAAAAAUAGUUUGUUUUCAUAUUGCGUGACAGUGAAUGCCCUUUUUCACUGGUGUGAGGGUAAACAUGUAAUGUAUAUGAGAGCUCGCUGUUGGGCUCGGAAGGAACAGGUAUGGGUGGGUGGGAUGGGUUUUGCUCAGGUGAUGUCCUUUCGGUGAGGAAUACGUUGGGUGGAUCUCAAUACUCUAAUUUGGAGUCUCCUCACACUCUUCGGUAUUACAGGACUAGACAACUAAAAGCAAUACGGAGGGGCUACUACACCAAGCCUCACAGCAGGCAUCUACCAUAUUAUGGUGCUUUCGAGUGCUGUCGGAAAUGUGGAAAUACAAGUUCCCGACUCAGAAAUAACCACUUGAACGAUCCUCAAAGUCUGAAACACAAGUGGGAAACAUGGUCCAGAGUUGUGACGUUUCAUCGCUGGCCCUUCACCUUUUCAACCACUAGACGGUAGAAGAAAACCAUUUACAACCUUAACCAUGUGAUUAACGUAGCUUAGUGGAUCCAUACAGUAUAUAGUUUGACACAUUGUCAACGUAAGCAACAUUAGCUAGAUUAGCCAUCUAGCUAGAAUCUCAUUGGUUGAAGAGUUAUUCCAAACUUCAUUAGCACACGAGCGCACUCGUGCCAUAAUUUACAACUUCACCAAUUGGGAAAUACCGAGAUUCUGAGGACCACUCGAACGCACCAUUACUCUCAACAAUCCCGUCCUGUCAACUCAAUGGUCAGGAGGGAAAAGAAACAAGAAAGGAAAUAGCAUCAAUACUCUGGCAACGUGUUUGUAGGCAGGAGGAAAAAAGGUAGAUAGAACUUCAGGUUUGUUUUUGUUAGGUGAACCAGGACUACUAAGGGGAUUUGUCUCUAAUAAGAACUAGCUUGGCCAAUCCUAUGGGAGAAAAUGUCAUAUUCUCUCCAGAAAACAGGGGAACUUGGCUAGCAUCCACCAAUCAAGGAUUCUUUCAUGAAUACUUGAAACUGGUGUAUUUCACCUCAGCAAAAAGAAAUCAUGAAAUCAAAAGACUUUGUUCAAAGUGAUCAGAGAAUGCUUUUAGUCGGUACAAAGAAAUCAUGGACAUGUCCUUAGGAAGGCAAGUUGUGGCUUGUUUAAGGGCAAGACAUAGACACAGUACUGUAUGCAUCAGAGAAGGUUGGAUUGCUGGCAGGUCUUGCAGAUCAGACAAGUUUUCGUCCCAAUACUCUUAAGAAGCUUCCUCUCCUUGUGUCUUGUUGAUGGGUUGUGGCAUAUUCAUUUCAUAGAAGUAGUCUCUUUAUAUCUUUAUAUAUACAAGGUAAAGGAAAAAAAAAUAAAGGAAGUCUUUUAAGAGGAUUUUGGACAAAGCCCCUGGGAAACCCGCUUUCAUUGUUAAUAUUUCACCUACAAUACUGUACUCAAUAACAGCCUACCACAACGGGAUGGAGCCCAGCCAUCCAAAACCCAGGAAAACAAAACAUUUGGACGCCAGAAGGUGCGUUUGCCCUGAGAGUCUGUAAAUAUUUCACUGUUUUGUACUUCCAGGCUGGCAUCCUAAUGGCUUCCAUCACAGUAGGGGCUGGCAUCCCAAUGGCUUCCAUCGCAGUAGGGGCUGGCAUCCCAAUGGCUUCCAUCGCAGUAGGGGCUGGCAUCCCAAUGGCUUCCAUCGCAGUAGGUUUGGUGAGCCAUUAAAUGAGCCAUUUACUGCAUUGUGGAAACGAGACCCUGUCAUUUCAUAAAUCAAAUGUAGGAGAACAGCUGUAUAUACAAAGGAGAUAUAUGAAGGUCAAACCAGUUGUUAAGGCAGGGAAGAACCCCCCCCCCCCCCAUCACCAAUAUAGACAAAUCACCCGUGGAGGAGCAAUCCACUGAUCCUAUCGUUCGUCUAACUCAGGAAGUCCCACUCCAGUCCAAUGAACGGAGUCCGACAACAAGGCGGGCCACCCUUGCCAAGCGCCCAAUGCACAAAACCUGGCCAAAGGUAUGGUCUUGGGGCGGUUGGGUCGGGGGUGUUGGUGGCAAAGUGGGGGGGGGGGGGGGGGGGGGGCAGGCCAGGACAUGAGUUAAGGGAUGUCAGGGUGUCAUGUCAGACACGUCCACUUCUAACUGUGGCAGGUCAUGGCAGGAAGACCAGCAAAAGGUAUUGCUCUGUGUCGGAGAACUGUAAAAAAGUAUUAUUCACAAAUGUUCCACUGGGGUCUGGAGAGAGCUGCCACAGUUCUGCAGUAGCUGCUUCACUAUAAGUAGUCCACAGGCACAGAUCUAGGAUCAGCUUAUUCUCCUUUAGUUCUAACCUUAACCAUUAGGUCAGCGUUUCCCAAACUCAGUCCUCGGUGACCCCAAGGGGGGCACUUUUUUAUUUUAUUUUUGUCCCUAGUACUACACAGCUGAUUCAAAUAAUCAACUAAUCAUCACGCUUUGAUUAUUUGAAUCAGCUGUGUAGUGUUAGGGGUAAUAAACCAAACGUGUACCCAGUGGGGGCCACAGGACAGAGUUUGGGAAACACUGCAUGAAGUGGUGGAUAUAUCCUACCUGUAACGAUGAAGUGGUGGAUAUAUCCUACCUGUAACGAUGAAGUGGUGGAUAUAUCCUAACUGUAACGAUGAAGUGGUGGAUAUAUCCUAACUCUAACCAUAAAGUGGUGGAUAUAUCCUACCUGUAACGAUGAAGUGGUGGAUAUAUCCUAACUGUAACCAUGAAGUGGUGGAUAUAUCCUAACUGUAACCAUGAAGUGGUGGAUAUAUCCUAACUGUAACCAUGAAGUGGUGGAUAUAUCCUAACUGUAACCAUGAAGUGGUGGAUAUAUCCUAACUGUAACCAUGAAGUGGUGGAUAUAUCCUAACUGUAACCAUGAAGUGGUGGGGACGCAAAACGGACCUUAAAUCAGCAUGUAUCAUGGGGGGGGGGGGGUUGCGACGAAGCAUUGCAUGAAAAAUGGAUGUACGUUACAGAGAAAGGAGGGGUUGAGGAGAGAGAGUGAGAGUCAAAUAGAAGUGAACAAAGAGGACACUUUUGGGGACAAGAUGAAAAUGCCAGAGGGACUACCCAGGGGCUCAAUACUGUGUAAAGGGAUAUUAUAUUUUGGUUUGGAAAUGAUUUAACCGUCAAUGGAAAACACGCAUUUAUGCAUUAUGAAUUGUGAGAUUUAAAAAAAAAUGCAUUGAUAUUUAAAUUCAGAAAUGAAGUUAGUGAUUGUUUAAGAAUAAAAAGACAUUAUC